CCACCCCCGCUGCGACACCCUUAGUUCCAGCCCCUGGAUUAUCCCAAAUGGACUCCCUGCUUCUUUCCUGCCUCCCAUCCUAGUCGAUUUCCAGCAGGGGACCCUGAAUGCUCUUUGAAAACUAUAGGUCAGGUGUUGUCCCUCCUCGGCUCCAAAAACUCCACUGUGUCCCCAUGUCUCUUCAAGCAAUGGUUCCCAAUCAGAGGUGAUCCCCCUUCUCCAAAGGACGUGUCUGGAGACGUGUCUGGAGAUGCUUUUGGUUGUCACUGUGGGAGGGAGGGCGCCCCUGGCAUCUAGUGGCUAGAGCCCCGGGAUGCUGCUAAUCCUCCCAUAGUGCCCAGGAUGGCCCCUAAACCAAAGAGUUACCUGAUCAGAAAUGUCAACAAUGCCAAGGGUGAGAAACCUGAGUUAGAGAAAGAACCUUUCCAGUGGCCUAAAUCUACUUAACCUGGCAUCCAUUACCUCUCAGCCUCAUCUCCCACUCCCCUCUUCCUUGUCCCCGCCACGCCUGCCAUACUGGCCUCCAUAUUGUCCCUUUUAUGUGCCACACACACUCUCACCUCAGGGGAUGUGCACAGGCGGUUAAUUCCCUCUGCCUGGAAUACCCUUCCCCCUGAUCACCAUAUAACAAAUUCCUUUACCUCCUUCAGUUCUUUGCUCAAAUUUCACCUCAAUAAGACCUCCCCUGAGCAAUGUAUUUAAACACCCGACACCCCCUCCCCCGUGGCACUCCCAAUUCAUCGUCUGUUCUACUUUUCACUGAACAGAUUUUGAUUAAAUUGUCUCUACAACUGAAUUAGGUAUUAAAUUGUGGUUUGUUGUCUGUCUUCCCCUACUAGACUGUAAGUUCCACAUGGGUAGAGACUUUGUGUUGUUUCCCAGUGAACCUAGAAAUGUGUCUGGUGUUUCAUAAAUGCCCUGGAGGUCAGAGCCUGCCUGCGCCAGCUCAGCCUAGCCUCGGGCCUUUCCUGAUGGCUCUGGAGCUGGAUGCCAACGGGCCUCAGACCGUCACAUGGCCCCUUGAGCAGGCCAGGAGCAAGCCUGCUCAUCGGUAGGACUCCCUGAGUGGUCAGGCCUGCCGUUGGCCUUGUCUUAUCACCACCUUCUCUUUGAAGGACAAAGCAGCACCUCCUUCCUGUUGAGUAUACAUUGUACUUGGCGUUGUGUUCCAGGAAAUUACUAAGUCUCUUUUUUUAUCUAGAUUGUACGCAAGAAAGGACUCCUUUUCCAUGUGUUUGCCCACCUCCCCCAACACUGAGAGUGAUUACUGAGUAAACCCAAGGUUCUGCUUUUCCAACCUCUGUUGCCCUCUCUGGCCUUGGCUCCGAGGCACAUCUGCCCCCGCACCCCCAAAUGUCCUCAUCAAGCUGACACGACCGCUGUCCAUCUCUCUGCCUUUGCCCUCCUGUAAAAAUUGUCUCCGAUGACACAUGGUUCCGAUGUCAACAGCUCUUGAAACAUGCAGCCUGUGCCUAUGUUCUCAUUAAAUUAAGUCAGAGCUGUCAUCACAUCUUCUUUGAUUAAGUAUUUGUUUAAUUAUGCUAAGUGAAAUAAAAAGCUCAGAGGAAAAACACACGUUUCCACUUACAUGGAGUAUGUAGAAUAGGCAAAUGCAUAGAAACAGAAAGUGGAAUCGAGGUUACUAGGGCUUGGGGGUCAGGAGGAAUGGGAGUUAUUGUUUAAUGGGUAGACGAUGUAGCGGAUGAUGAAAAAGUUUUGGGUAUAGAUAAUGCCGAUGGGUACACAGCAUUGUGAAUGUAUUUAAUGCCACUGAAUGAUAUGCUUAAAACAAGUGAAAGUUAUAAAUAUUUUGUAUAUUUUACCACAAUAACAAUGGUAACUAAAAAACAAAUUAUUUGUUUAAAUAGCUUUUCCUUGUAGAUCGCAAGCUUGUGGGAAUGGGGAAACAUGACUUCCAUCUUUACCCAGCACAGUGCUUUGCAUGAGGCAGUCGCUCAUUAUUGCUUCAAGUCAGCAAUAGAAGUAAACGGAAAAGAACAGAAUGAAGGCACAUUUUUACAUACCAGCUCCCUCCAAAGAUGUAUAUAUUACAAACACACCCAUAAAACUACUCUGAACAAAAGUGAUUUUAACUUGGUUGGAGACUUUCCAACACCGUUUGGCAGGGAAAACAUGCCUUAGGUGUCACUGGCCUUGUGACCUCAGGUAGGGAGUCAGGCCUGCAGGUGAGGAGGCUCCGUGGGGUUCAGGAACUUCCUCCCGGUCCCCUUCAUGUGAUGAUGGUCAUCUCCAGUCCCUGAGGUCAGUGCCUUCAUUGCAAAGUGACAUGGACAACGGAGCACACGGCACUGGGCAGAAAGGCUGCCUCUUUGUGCCACCUCACUCACAAUACUUGUCCGGGCACAUGGCUUGUUAAUAGCUAAUUAUAAAGAGUUCUGCCUGGAGCCCUCGUUUUUUUCUUUCAGGGUAGUAAGAGGAAGGAACUGCUUCUAGCUUUCACUGGACACACAGCAGGGCUAAUUAUCUUACCUUUUCCUCGGGUCUAGCCUUCUUCCCCCUAGCUCAGAUCUAGUUCAGAACUUCACAGUUCCUGGUUCCUGAAAUUCAGAUCCGCAACUUGUCCAUCACCAAGGAAGCCUACGCAGGUCAUCAAGCAGCCAUCAUGUACCAGGCACUGUGUCCCUAAGAGACGUAGCUGUGACCAAGACGAAUGCGGGCGUUAUCACUGUGGGGCUUAGAUGCUGGGGAGCUAGAGUCGUAAAUUACAUUCCUGACGAGGUAUGUAAUUAAUCCAAUGGCGAUGAGCACUGUAACCAAGAAGAGGCCACUGGGUUCACCAGAAGAGGAAAGUGAUGGUGGACGUGGUGAUCAUUAGAGGGUGGGUAGGAGUUCAGCAGGCCGAGAGUGGGCCAGGGAAGGAGGAACCUCUGUGCCAUGGAGGGAGCGCAGGAUGUGGGAGAGCUAACGCCCACGUGGCUGGUGUGCAGAGCGUGGACAUGACGACAGCAGAUGGGUCUGUUGUCCUAGGGUGACCAGUGAGUGUGAGGAACAAGAGUGGAUAAACCACUGGCUCUGGUUUGGGCCUCCCCCUCCCCCACGGUUACUGGGACCCUGCCAGUCCUUUGGGAACUGAUCAAGAUUUCGAGCCAAAAAGGCGGUGAUGAAUAGCCUGAGGGUCAUUCUUCAAGCCUCUCCGUGCACAUGGCUGUGGAGAAGGUUCCAGAUUCUGAGGUCCAUGCCAGUGAGGCCCUGCAGCCUCUACACCUGCACUUACAAAACCCGGACCCGAGCCCUGCACCCACUCUGGGAGAGUGUGGACCUGGCCCCAGCAGGUGAGCGCCAGUCGCCCAUCAACAUCCGGUGGAGGGACAGUGUCUUUGAUCCUGACUUAAAACCACUCACCAUCUCUUAUGACCCGGCCACCUGCCUCCACAUCUGGAACAACGGGUACUCUUUCCUCGUGGAAUUUGAAGAUUCUACAGAUAAAUCAGUGAUCAAGGGAGGACCCCUGGAACAUACCUACCGAUUGAAGCAGUUCCAUUUUCACUGGGGGGCCAUUGAUGCCUGGGGCUCCGAGCAUACGGUGGACAGCAAAAGUUACCCAGCAGAGCUGCACCUGGUGCAUUGGAAUUCAGUCAAAUUUGAAAACUUUGAGGACGCAGCACUGGAAGAAAAUGGUUUGGCAGUGAUAGGAGUAUUUUUAAAGCUAGGCAAAAAUCAUAAAGAGCUACAGAAAUUGGUUGAUACUUUGCCAUCAAUUAAGCAUAAGGACACCCUUGUGGAAUUUGACUCAUUCGACCCUUCUUGCCUGAUGCCCACCUGCCCGGAUUACUGGACUUACUCGGGGUCCCUGACUACCCCACCGCUCUCUGAGUCCGUCACCUGGAUCAUUAAGAAGCAGCCUGUAGAGGUGGAUCAUGAUCAGCUUGAGCAAUUUCGGACCUUGCUUUUCACUUCCGAGGGGGAGAAAGAGAAAAGAAUGGUGGACAACUUCCGUCCCCUUCAGCCCCUAAUGAAUCGCACUGUCCGCUCGUCCUUCCGCCAUGAUUACGUGCUGAAUAUACAAGUGAAACCCAAGCCGUCUACCAGCCAAGUGACCCCCUAAGACACCCAUGUCUAGGUGAUAUUUUGCUUUAAUACACACUAGCUUCUAAAAACUUAACUAUAACUAUUCUAAACACUUGCACUUAAUAGUAAUGAUAGAUGUGCAUUUCUUGGUAUGGCAGUGCUUCUUCAGUCUUUUAUUAAUAAUAAUGUUUAUCACUGAAGCAGCAGCAAGAGAUGCAAUUUUCUCUUACAGCAACCUGUUGGUUACCAUAAUGUCUUUUUAUGUCUGACAUUUUUGAGCUAUCUUCGUGUUUAUCAAUUAGUGCUUCUAUAGAGUUACAAGGAGGGAUGAUAAUCAAAAUAUUUAACCACCGGUAAGACAGACACUGACCAUCCAAAAUGUAGGCCUGCAUUGGUGGUAUAGUGGUGAGCAUAGCUGCCUUCCAAAAUGUAGGCCUUUCGGAAACAGCCAUGGGGCCCAGACUGGUACUUCCUGGCUGAACAUUGGCCAUGGUUUUAGGUAUAUUUUAUUUAGAAACAUGAAUGAAUUUUCUUUUAUAAAGCCUUCUCAAUAGGCAUAUUUGCCCCGAUCUUUAGUUAUCUUACUAGUAUACGAUAUGCUUAAUAUCGAUUUAUGAUACAGAAAAAAUAUUUUAUAAUCCUAAGAAAACAAGGAUUUACUUAUAUCUGGAAAUCCUUUUGCAUUUCUGAAGAUCAGACAUUUUACUUAAAGGCUUGAUCAUAUAGAAAGCAUAUGCAGUGUAGAACAUUUUUAAGAAAAUGCUUGAAGUGCCUAGAACUUAGAAAUCUUUCAUGAUAUACCGGGGGUGCCAAAAAAAAUGUACACAUUUUAAGAGAUGUUAUCUAUGUGUUACUUUUCAAAGUUGAAUUGA